AUGAGGGCACCGGCAAAAAGUUCACUACCCCCUCUUCCGAGACUUCGUGUGCGGAACCAGAUUGCUAAACAACAAGCAAAUCCGUGCUUAGUUAUAAUGACUCAGAUGCUUAAUUGUUGGGCAUCAAAUGGUGAGGGAUCAUCCUUAUGCAAAGAACUUGAGACUCAACUUAAAUCGUGUAUGAAUAAAGGUGGAAAGGUUCCCCCACCACCAAAACCGACGUUAAAUUAUCAUGCCUCCAGACUUCUUCCAAAGAUACAUAAGACGAAGGAUGUCGACGAAGGUAUAAAGGCAGUUGAAAAGGGGCCAGAUUUAGCAAAGACAACCGGAGAAGUUGAAUCAUCUGAAGAUCCAGCGGAUUUCUUAAAGAAAAUUAUAAACGAUAGCAAAAGGAGUCUAAAGUUUGAUAAAAUAUAUAAAGAAUUUUCUGAAUCCGUCUCCAAUACUGCACCAAUGUCCUCAUUCGAAGAACAGAAAUCAUUUCACAAGAUAUUUAAUUAUUUAAAGAACGAGCACGGUUCAAUAGGAAUUACUGACACCGUCAAAAGGAUAACUGGCUUUUAUGACUUGAAUCAGAACCUUGAAUUAAAUGGUAACGGAAGGGAUAAUUCUAGUGUUGUGACUAAACAAGCGUUAAUUAGCAAGAAAUUUAAUAGCAAUUCAGAGAAUACACAUGCUUACAAAAUGGCAUUAAAGCCAACAUUAGAGAAGAUUAAUCAAUUUCAAAACAGCGGGCAGAUGCUAGGCUUUAUACGAAGAAACCUCCUCCAGUCUUUUCUAGAAAACGAUGAGUUUACGAAGAACCACACAAUUGCUGUAAUAAAGGAGAUAUCAUUAAAGAAACCAGAGCAUCCAAUGGUUGAUAGGGUCACUCUUCCAAUACUUUUAGAAUAUUGCUUAAAUUCGUUGACAAAUGACUUUAAUUCGUUGGAUGAAACGUUAGUCCUUGUCAAUUAUAUAAAAAAGCAUCAAUCCAUUGAAUUAUACGAGUUCGGAAUGAAUAUAGAUGUAUACAAUUCAUUACUCAGACAGAUAUGGGUGAAGACAGAAAACUUGCAAAUGAUUUCAAGGAUUGUGGAUGAACUUUGUGUUAACGCCAUAAAACCAGAUUUGGUUACGUAUAUAACAUUGGCGGAGAUCUAUUUAAAAUGCAUGAAUGUGAAGGACAGUCUUAAUGCAGAACCAUAUCUUCUUUGGGGCAAUAGUGAAGAUAUUCAUAAAAUAAGCCAUUUUCUUGAAAAUAUAGAGACUUAG